AUGCCUUCGAAGCGUUACCUAGUUAAGGACUUCCUUCAGCUUCAUCAUGCAGACAUUUGCUGUAUACAAGAAUCUAAAUUAAGUUUGAUCGACCCCUCCACUUGGAGGUCUAUUGGUGGGUCCCGGUUAGACCAUUUCUCCUUUGUCCCUGCCAUUGGCUCGGCAGGAGGAAUUAUUGUGGGUUGGAGUGGCAAUUUAUUUGUUGGACAUGAAACUCAUAGGGGUAUUUAUAGCCUCUCGAUCAAGUUCUCAAAUCGUACCAACAAUCUGACAUGGGUUUGUACUACGGUCUAUGGCCCCUGUGAUAGGCACCGUAAACCUAGCUUCUGUAAUGAAAUUGGGGAUUGUCACCCCGGAAUCGAUAUUCCCUGGGUCAUUUGUGGGGACUUUAACUCAAUCUUUGAUCCUUUGGAUAAAAACAAUGGUAACUAUAAUCGUGAGGACGUUAUUAUAGCCAAGGAUCUGCUUAGGGAUCUCCAAUUGUUGGAACCUCCAUCCUUUGGAAAAAAAUUCACAUGGACAAAUGGUCAAGCUAAUCCCAUUUGGGCAAGGCUUGACCAUUUCCUUGUUAACUCCAAUUGGAUGGCUUGGUGUUUGGCUGACAAUUUUACCAAUCUCAUUCGCGAUUGGUGGAAUAUUUCCCCCUUCCAGGGGUGCGGGGCCUUCAUCCUGGCUAAAAAGAUCACAAGUUUCAGAGCGAGACUCAAACACUGGGCUAAAUUUGAGUUUGGUUCGAUCAAGCUCAAGAAGUUAGCCUUAUUACAUGAUUUAGAAAAACUUGAGGUCGAACAUGAAUCCAGAUCCCUUUCCGAAGAUGAAUGUUAUCUUGAGGCUUCCAAAAGAGCUGAAUAUGGUAGGAUUCUUAAGCAGGAAGAAGUUUACUGGAAGCAAAGAGCAAGAGUGACCUGGCUUAAGGAAGGGGAUGAGAAUACCAAAUUUUUCCACGCCGUGGCCAACGGCCGUAGGAAUAGAAACUUCAUUCCAUGGAUCGGGUCGGGGGACACGAGGGUGGCUGAUUUUAGGGGAAUUGGUGACAUGUUCACCUCCUUUUACAAGAAUCUUUUUGGAUCUACCCAACGGCAUCGGCACCAAAUUAACUGGAAUAUUCUAUUUCUAUCCAAAGUCCAUCCCAAUUUAUCCUCCUUGGAUGUGCCAUUUACGCAUGCUGAAAUCAAGGCCGCUGUUUUCAGCAUGAGCGUGGACAAGGCCCCUAGACCAGAUGGUUUCCCGAUGUUUUUCUUCCAGAAAUUUUGGGAUGUUGUCCAAGAGGAUAUUUUUACGUUGUGUGAGGAUUUCUACUGGGGAAGAGCCAAUCUUGAAAGAAUUAAUUGGGCAAAUAUUGCGUUGAUUUCGAAGAAAUUAAAUCCAGAUGACCCUUCCCACUACAGGCUAAUUAGCUUAAUUAACUCUUCCCUGAAAAUCAUUUCGAAAUUGUUGGCGAACAGGCUUAGUUUGGUUAUCAAGGAUUUAAUUGACUCUUCUCAGUCAGCUUUCAUUAAAGGGCGGUGCAUUGUGGACUUUGCCAAGGCCUUCGACACGGUGGACUGGGACUUCCUCUUUGAGCUCUUAGAAGCUCGCGGUUUUGGCGAAAGAUGGGUGGGUUGGAUUAAAUCCAUUCUUGUUUCGUCUAAGGCCAAGUUUCUCAUCAACGGCAAGGAAUGUGGUUAUGUCAGAUACCAUAGAGGCCUUAGACAGGGGGACCUUCUCUCCCCCUUGUUUUUUGUUCUGGUGGUGGAUGUGCUUAGUACCUUAUUUAACAACGCCUUGAACUCGGGAGUUUUACAUGGAGUAAUGUUGGGGGACUCUGGCAUCAAGAUGUGUCAUCUACAAUAUGCUGAUGAUCUCCUGAUUAUGAUGACUGGGGGCGGGGAAGACCUUCGAAUCAUCAAGUUGAUCCUGUAUUUCUUCGAAGGACUUUCUGGUCUUCAAGUCAACUCUGAGAAAUCUUGCCUUUUCUCAUCCAGUAGAAAUUCUGUGCCGCUUCCUUAUUUAGCCAGGACGUUGCAUUGUUGCACUAGUUCCUUACCACUUACUUAUCUUGGAAUUCCUAUCUCGGGCAACCGGCCGCGGAGGCAAGAUUGGGAUACCCUUAUUAGUAAGAUCAGUUCCAGAUUAGCGGUUUGGAAAUCUAAGUUCUUAUCCUUAGGAGGUCGGCUUACGUUGUUGAACUCUGUCUUAUCGGCUAUUCCGACCUACUGGAUGUUGAUAUUCAAGCUCCCUUGUUGGGUGAUUAAACGCAUUGAUAAAAUUAGGCGGGACUUCUUGUGGUCUGGCCUUGAUCCCCAACAGCCAAAAAUCAGACUAGUCAGCUGGACUAGACUCUGUCGUUCCAAAGAUCAGGGGGGUUGGGGCUUCCUAAAUUUGAACACUUUCAACAUGUGGCGGCAAAUGGUGGUGGAAGAUUUUGUCUAG